AUGGGCAUCGAACUGACGGAUUUCGUGUUUGUGUUGACUAGCGAUAAGGACGUGCAGACCUUCACGCAAGCUGGGUCCCUUACUCUGGGAGGAAAUAUAUCACUAGCCCUCGGUUCAUUUGGACGCAGCGUCGAGGCGGGCGGGGCAGCGGGUGUACGAGGAGUCUCAGGGAUGUUCUCCUAUUCCAGGACCCGUGGCGUGUUUGGCGGUACAUCGCUUGAGGGCGGCCUACUGGCUGAGCGACCCGACGCCAAUAAGAAAAUGUAUGGCCGAGAUAUCAGGGCAAACGAGUUGCUGAAUGGGAGCAUUUCGCCGCCCCCGGAUGCAGAGCCGCUCAUGCGCGUCUUGAAUACUGAGCAGUUUUGUCUGAAACCCCCAGCUGAGAUUCCCACUGAGCUGCCCUCAGGUGAUGCCCAUGAACAGAGGGCAGAACUGCCUGCCCAGCCACCUCAGACACCUCAUGAACCAUCGCUGGGGAUCCCUGAAGCUCCUGGAGACACUCCCCCGGUUGAAUUGGGAACGGGGGCUCCUCAUGAAAUUUUUGAAAUGCCCACGGAUAGUCCUCACGACAUAUCUCACGAAUUAGAUGCAGGGCCAAUUUCAGCGCAACAUUUCUCCGGGAGAACGAAUGACCUACAAACAGGUGUGACAGGUUAUAUCGGGGGUGACGUCCUCUCCCAGCUAUUUCCUCGAUAUCCCGACUUCCACUACCGAGUCCUGGCCCGCACCGAAGAGAAGGGUAAACAGAUCAAGCUCCAAUACCCCUCGGUAGAGAUCAUCCACGGCGACCUGAGCGACGUGGCUUUACUGCAGCAGGAAAGCGCCAAGGCCGAUAUAAUCAUUCACUCGGCCGAUGCUGCAGACAAUGCCCCGGCAGCCGCAGCCAUAGCCGCUGGUAUCGUGCAGGGGCACACGCCCGAGCGACCCGCCUACUGGAUCCAUACAAGUGGAGCCGGGAUCUUCACGUACAUAGACGAAGACGAGCACACCUACGGUGUGGCCCGGGAGAAGAUCUUCGAUGAUUGGGACGGUGUCCAGGAGAUCGUCACCAUCCCCGACCAUGCGUUCCACCGCAAUGUGGAUAAGAUUGUGCUCGAGGCGGCCGGUGCUCAUUCGGAGGUGAUGAAGGCGGCCAUUCUCUCUCCCGUGACGGUCUAUGGUCUCGGUCGGGGCCCUUGCUCAACGCGCAGUAGACAGGUCUAUGAGCUCGUGAGAACAACUCUUCGACGGGGCAAAGCACCCAUCAUCGGCACUGGCGGGUCGUACGGCUGCAACGUGCACAUCCAUGAUCUGACUGCCUUGUUUCUGCUGUUUUUUAACGCCGCCCUAGAAGGUAGAGAUGGCCUUUGGGGGCGUGAUGCGUACUUCCUCGCCGAGAACGGCGAACAUCACUGGGGAGACCUGGCUAGGUCCAUCGCCAAAGUUGCCGCAGGAAAGGGCUUGAUAUCUCACGCCGAGGUGGAGACAUUGGACAUCGUGCAUGCGAGAGAACAAGCUGCGUUUGAGGCUGCUAGUUGGGGGUUGAAUGUUCGGUGUCGCGCUAUACGCGCCCGUAAGCUGUUGGGCUGGACGCCCUUGGGGCCGAGUCUGGGAGAUGAGUUGCCGGAUAUUGUGAAGGGAGAGUGGGAGUUGAUGUAG